GAAUUACUGUUUGGCGGUUAUCUCCCUUAACCGGCAUAGAUGACGCUGAAGUGAAUACGCCGCGGAAACGUACAUGCUCCAAAUGUGAAUGUUUGAAGAUUUGGGUCACAACCCAAACUAAUUUUUGUCAAUCUGUUACAUCCAAAGAAGCAAGAUGGUUGCGAAAAGCAGCAAAAUGCUUCAGCACAUAAACUACCGUAUGAGGUGCACCCUCCAAGAUGGGCGCAUCUUCAUCGGUACGUUUAAAGCCUUCGACAAGCACAUGAACCUGAUUUUGGGAGAUUGCGAUGAGUUCCGAAAGGUGAAGCCAAAGAGUCAGAAGGCUGGAGAGAGGGAGGAAAAAAGAGUUCUGGGUCUGGUACUUCUCCGAGGAGAACACUUGGUGUCCAUGACAGUUGAAGGACCUCCACCAGCAGAGGAAGGCAUUGCUCGUGUGCCUUUGGCUGGUGCAGGUGGUCCCGGUAUGGGACGGGCCGCAGGGCGUGGCGUGAUGGGACCCAGCGGAUCUGGAAGUGGGCCUGGUCUACAGGGACCAGUGAGAGGUGUAGGUGGUCCCUCUCAACAAAUGAUGACACCAGGUGGUCGUGGAGCUUCCUACUCAGCGGGACCAAGGCCAGCAGGUCCCCGAGGCCCUCCUCAAGGCCCGAUGAUGGGAGGUCCCCCGAUGCGAGGUCCACCUGGCAUGGGAGGACGAGGACCCCCUGGACCCGGUAUGAGAGGACCCCCACCGAUGAUGAGAGGGAUGCCGCCAGGUAUGAGACCUCCCGCCAGUGAGAUCAUGAAGCUGCCCAGUGUGAUCAGGUUCAGUGUGGUACAGGUUGUCAGUAAUGUGCAUGGACACUGUGUGACUGACGCGUGUUGUGGUCAAGAAUGUUGAAUCCACGCAUUUCAUCAGGAUGGUCAAGACAUUUUAAUCAUGUCAUUUUUAAUUGCCAAGAAUCAUGUCAGGAUAAAUGGGUGAUUGCUUCAGCGUACAGUAUUUCCAAUUUUGCUGAAUGCGGCAGGUGCCCCAAGUUCAUACUCUGCAUCUUCAUCCUUGGCAUUACAAGAGGAACGAUCAUCCUUCACAGUAUGGCAUUGUUGGAUCUUCCACCUUCAGACAGGACUUGGGAGUCUUCAUGUCAACAUUCAUCAUCUUGUUGUAAAUCAUUUUGCCUUUUGUCAUAAAUAAAUAGAUGUAAAAUUGA